AUGUCGCCUUGGACACCAAUCAACGCUCGGCAGGUGGAAGAGAAGAAGCGCGCUCAAGCCAGAAGCUGCCACUGGUGUGUUAUUCUGGGGCCCUUGGAGGAGCGCCGCAAGUACGGAUACCCGGAGGGCUGUUGCUGUGAAGACAAGACGCAGCGCCACAAAGAGGAGGAAGCUCCGGUUAAGGCAGAGACGGGGGCAACCGUCGAUACAGAGGCAGACGCAGAGGCAGACACAGACACAGACUCAGACUCAGACACAGACUCAGGCACUGACUCAGACUCAGAGGCUACCAUGAGGGCAAGCCCUGAGGUUCUUCCUCAAGCGGCUCCGAGGCGACCCGUCGUCAACAAAUGGGCAGGCCGCACCAGCAAGGUCAACAAUCGAAAGACAUGUACCAGGUGUAACGGCAAGGAGUACAACAUGAGCAACUUCAAGGACCACGAGAAGGUCCACUACCUGGAAGAUAACGGGGUACCAGCCCGUUUUCCUUGUGAUGGCUGCAAAGAGCCCGGAAAGUGUCGAGUGGCUCGCUAUCCCCAGCGUCUCGGGACGUACGCCUGCAUAAGUUGCCUCAGGUCCCAUAAACCAUGCGGCUUCAAUAAGGUUAAGGCGAAGAAGCAUGAUAAAUGCAAACCUGGGGUACAUCCUGCUCUGCUGCGCCCAAUAAACUAG